GGUUAUACCCAUCCACUGUUUCCUUUUUUUUCCAUUUUAAUCUGCAGUGAAGUGAUAAAUCUUAAGCAACAACACAACAGCUUUUGCAAAUCGUCAAAUGUGAUUUGUGAAUUCAACAGAAAGAGACCGUUGAGUUUAUGCUCAUGCGUUUCACACAUAUAUACUGUAUCUGCUGACAUGUGCAUGUUCUCUAAGGCAGAACGAGAAGUGGUUGUUGCUUUUUUUUUGGGUUAAGACAUCGAUUGAGACAGAGCAGGACGGAGAUGGUCACAGCGUGUAACAGAUCACGAGCAUCAAUAUCUUUCUGAAGUGGAGUUGGUGUGGAGAUCUGUGAGAGUGAACGCAGGAUGAAGAUCCUCCUCAUCUUCACCCUCUGUCUGAUCUCAGAUGGAGGAGCCUCAAAGGAAGUAACAGGAUAUUCAGGAGGAGGAGUCCUUAUCAAGUGUGAAUAUGAUGCAACAUACACAGAAAACAUAAAAUAUUUCUGUAAGGGUUCAGGAGUAAGCUGUCCUUACCUAAUCAAAACAGAAGUUAAAAACGAGUGGGUAAAUUCAGGAAGAUUGUCAGUGUUUGAUGACACCAAAUCAGCAGAGUUCUGGGUGAUGAUCAGAGAGCUCACUGUACAGGACAGUGGGACGUACCACUGUGGAGUUAAGACUCUUUUAUGGACUUAUACACAGGUGGAACUGAAGGUGAAGAAAGAUGUCGUGAGCGCUAGAGACGUGACGGCAUAUGCAGGGACAAGAAGCAACAUCAAGUGCAGAUAUGACAAUGAGUACAAACGCGAAAAAAAAGCUUUCUUGAAGUUCGAGACCGAUCAGAGGAGUUUACAUCGAAUAAAAACACGACCAGACAGUGAAUGGUCACAUGAUGGCAGAUUCUCAAUUCAUGACAACAGAAGUGCAGGAUUCUUCAGUGUGUUUAUCAGAGAGCUGAAUAUGGAGGACACUGGAUCAUACGGGUGCGCCGUCAUUUUGUCGGAUGAAACGGAGAUCUACACUGUAGUGAAGCUGAAUGUAACAGAAGAUCCAUCUUAUGAGAAAUCCAUCAGUAAGACUGUCACUGUCGGCGAAGGUUUGACCAUCAGCUGCAAAUACCCAGAAUUCCUAGCAAGCGCCCCAAAGUUUCUCUGCAAGAGGCCUAAAUUGGCUGCAUGUUCAUAUAACACAACCGUUUCAGAAAGUAAGAAAGAGGUAAAGGCUGGGAAAGUCACCCUGUAUGAUGACCGAGAGAGACAAAUCUUCACUGUGAGUUUUAGAAAUGUAAUGGAGCAGGAUUCUGAGGAAUACUGGUGUGGAGCUGAAGUCAACUGGAAAGAUGAUCACGGAUACAAGGUUUAUUUCACACGGAUCGACCUGGUAGUAACCGGAUUUCCAGUUUCCAUUGUGAUCACUGUGUGUUUAGUUCUCCUUGUGCUUCUGAGUGGAAUCUUGUUCCUUGUUGUGAUUCUCCGAAAGAGAUGCCCAGAAACAAUGACUUUCAGGGGGGGAAAUGAAAUUUAUGCAAAUGACUCGAAUGCGUUUCCUCUCACUGGUGUACCGCAGUCUCCCUACCAGCUUCUGGACAUAAACACCAUCCAAUCAGAUCCAGACUACGAGAGUCUCAUGCAUUAAACCCAACAACCAGAUUCCGACUACCAAGGCUGAUAGCUUUUCCAUUAAACUGGACUGGUCUUGGUUCAGAACCCAGUGAGAUUUAUUUCACACAAUUUUUUCCCCCAUUCUUAUCACGAAAGAUUCAGUCCAUCAAACUGCAUUCUUUCAACAUUGAACAUUUAUUAACCUUGUUUUGGUAUUUUUUCAUUAUUUAGAAUUUCCUAGUUUAAUCAUUUAAUCAUUUCUAUAUAACUAUUUUCCAUAUAAAUGCUGUAAUUAUGCGUUUGCCACCUAAUGCUGUAGAUCUUUGAGAUGCGUAGGCUUAGCAACACUUUUUAUUGAAUUAUUAUUUACUUCUAAUUUCAUGAUUAUUAUUACUAUACUCUGUCUCUUAUGUUUUGUUUAAUUAUAUAUGAUUUAUUUAGAUACAAGAGGUAAGG